AUGGUCGGCGGCAAUUUUCCCGAUAAAUCAUCGACAAAACAAGAUACUGAUGGUGUUACCAUUCAGUCUGAUCCACAAGAUUCGUUCACUGCAAAUCGGACUUUGGAUCUGGCUUCUAGUCUCGAAGUAGGACCAGCAACAAAGCAUGCUGCAGCAGAUGCUCCAUCUUGUCAGAGCACAAGAUCAGUGUUGACAAUCGCCUUCCAGUUUCCAUUUGAAAGCAAUAUUCAGGAUAAUGCUGCAAACAUGGCACGUCAGUAUAUCCAUAGUGUCAUUUCUUCUGUCCAGAGGAUUGCCAUGGCCAUAUCUCCAGCUGGAUUGGACCCAGCUAUUGGACCAAAGCUAUCUCCAGGCUCUCCAGAAGCACUUACACUGGCUCAAUGGAUUUGCUGGAGCUACAGUUUCUAUUUAGGGACGGAGUUGUUGAGGUCUGAAUCACUUGGCGGUGACUCUAUAUUGAAGAAUCUCUGGCAACACCGGGAUGCAAUAUUGUGCUGUUCGUUGAAGUCUCAACCUGUUUUCAUAUUUGCAAACCAAGCUGGACUAGACAUGCUCGAGACAACUCUAGUGGCUCUACAAGACAUUACUUUGGACAAAUUGUUUGAUGAGUCUGGACGCAAGGCAUUGUGCUCUGAUUUUGCCAAGUUAAUGCAGCAGGGAUUUGCUUGCUUGUCGGCUGGAAUCUGCAUGUCAACAAUGGGACGCCAUGUUUCGUAUGAACAAGCUUUUGCCUGGAAAGUCCUUGAAGCUGAUGAGACCACUGUCCAUUGCCUCGCCUUCUCGUUUGUUAACUGGUCUUUUGUAUGAAUACAUUUGACUGUAAUUUAUUUCGUCUCAAGACCAAGCUUUCCUCCUACCUGCCCAUGGAAAAUGGAAAUGAUGAACAAAUCAGGAAAAAAAAAUUAAAAUUCCAAUGAAGAACAGGUACAAAGUUUUGUAACAUGGAAGGCACCCUGUUCAGGUUUGCAUUUGAUUCAUUUAAUUAAUUUUUUUAGUGCA